AGAAUCUCUGCUGCGCAGCCCUCGUUUGUUGUCAUCUCCAACCCAGCGAGAGAAGUGAACUUGCAAAAACAGAUGAUAAUCAACAAAACGCACUUUUCACAGUUUCGGACUACUUUCAGCUGCUCCUCCUCAUCUGCUAACAAUACCAUACACAACCUUCCACAUUUUUAAGAAAGUCAGGUUGACGAGUUGCAUCAGUACCAACAUAACACUGGACUGGGAGUCAUAAGACUCAGGCGAAGAGGUGCAAACAGACUAUUUUCGACACUUGGCUCUUCUGACUUUUUUUGGGUCAGCGACUCAGCGUCAGAAGCGCGACCAGGACAAACCUUUAUUUGGUUUUUUCAGUCGUCCGUCGUGACAGAAAAGUGAGAACUUGCUUGGUUCCUGUUGUAAAGUUGACCACAAUGAGAUUUGAAGGGUCGGAUGAUGUGAUGCGAUACAUUCAACAUCGCAUUGGAAGCGAUAUGGACAACAAUGGUAUUAACAUUCUGAUCACAGGAUUCGGACCUUUCAGAGAACACGUUGUGAAUGCGUCGUGGCAAUGUGUAGCAAGGAUUCCUGAAAAAGGGAUAACGGUUCCAUCCAAUAUCAAUCCGGACACCCCAAUUAAUUUAAUUCUGUACGAAAUUCCUGUGGUGUAUAAAAGUGUAGCUCGCAUAGUUCCGCAAUUAUGGGCAAAACAUUCGCCUGACCUGGUUAUUCACGUUGGAGUGUCAGGGAUUGCUAAAGCAAUUACGAUUGAACAGGCGGCGCACAAUUGUGGGUAUUCAUCCACCGACAUUGUGGACAGUAUCCCGGAUGGAAAUGUUUGUGUCGUGGAUGGAUGUGAUGUGAUGGAAUCUGGAUUCGAAAUGCGAGAUGUAGUUAAUCGUAUUAAUUGCACGGGUUCUGGGGUGCAUGCUGAACUAUCUUAUGAUCCUGGCAGAUAUUUAUGCGACUUCAUUUACUACCAGUCGUUAAACAUUAACAAGGACAGAACUGCGUUCAUCCAUGUCCCACCGUUAGGUAAACCAUGGAGUGCUGAAGAAAUGACGGAUGCCAUUCGCAUUUGUAUAACUGAGCUUUUGUACCAGCUACAAGAGCGAAAAGCAUUAUCUUUAUCAACAUCAUCAAGAAGCAGCAAUGAAUCUUUCAAUUUGGAACAAAAUAGACUUUGAUUUUCAUGCUUUACUAACAUCAAAUAGUAUUGCAUGGUCUGUAAAAUCGUUGUAAUUGAUCGUAACUUAUAUUUAUUAUUCGAUUCUAUAGUUUAAUAAUGACGUACAAGUGUGUAUUAAUAAUGACCAUUCUGUUUUGCGUUGAUUUAUAACUAUUAUAUAUAACAGUGCACAUAAUAUAAUAUUAAUAUAUGAAUAUGUAAAGCCUCCUGUCAUGCGUGUGUAGAUUUUAUGACUUGCUAAAGAGGCAAUGCAACAGAACAAACCCAUCUUUUAUGUUUGUAUUAUGAUAUUUUAACUAAAAUGAAAAAUUCAUUUUUAGUAACAAGUUUAUACAGUACGAAAAAUACCAAAGUUCAGAAAGUCCGAAGAUUUAUAAUAUAGCGACAAUGUGUAUAUAUAUAGUGGAUUAGCGGGUGUAUUGUUAACUAUUUAGUGUAGUAAGAAAUAAUAAGACUUAAAGUUGGGUGGGAUGUUGUAUACACAAGCGACUAAUAAAUACUAUAGAUAGCUGGUUACCUUCAGUGCUACACAGUUCUUGCCUAAAAAUGAAAUAUGUAUGUAUGAACAACAGGCAUCAGUGAAUAUUUAGAUUAAGGAUUAAUGAAUUACUCGUAAAUAUUGAUAGAUGUGAACUAAAUUCGCUUCAUUAAUCACUCGGGUAGUGUGUUAAGAUUAUUUUAUAUUUAUGAAAUAGGCAGACUAAAGGUUAAUAAACGUUUACAUGUGCUCAUGAUUUAAAGUGUAUCAUAUAUGUACCGUGUAUGUAACUUGGCAAAUGUAUUAUUGCCACUACAAUACUGUAGAUAGUUUGUAAUAUUUUGAUAUGGAACUAGAACCCUCAUAAAUUGUUAGAAAGAAAGUAUUAGGACAGUGUUUGUUUUGAACUAAUGUGAUUCUGUUGUGAAGUUGGAGCUAAAAUUGAUAAACAAACAAUGCGUCUGCUGGGAUAGUGAAGUGCAACUAGUAAUUUUCGCGUAGUAAGACGCUACCCAUCUUAUGCAUUUAGACAAGUAUGUUUAAUUCCAUCUGACAUGCGACUAUCAGUUGAGCCUAUUAUAUAAUAAGAAUAAUAAAUACAUACCAAAGAAGAA